GUGAAGGAGGGCUGAAGGCGUGAAUUGAAGCUGCGAAGGGUAGAGGCUAACUGCGAAUCGACGAAGUGCGAAGGCCGAAGGGGCAAAAGGCGUAGCAGCGGUGCAUCCUACGGCGGUGCGUGAACUCCGCUACAGCCUCCAGUUCUUCACGUCUUGAGUUCUUGUCUUCUUCAGUUGAAUUUCUUCACUUGCAAAUCUCCAAUCGGCGACUCCACUAGACCACUACUCCAGUCUCCAGCUUACAUACCAGAUUCGGCCUCAGGUGGAGCGAUUUUGAGGAAUCAAAGGGGAGAGUUGGUAUGCGCCAUUGCUUUUCCGAUUUCUGAUUCUUCGUCUUUUGAUGCGGAGCUAAUUGCUGCGAUGACGGCUACGCGAUGGGUAAUUAGUGAAGGCCAUCGGGAUUUUCAGGUUGAGAUCGAUGCUGAAGCUGCUCUUAGCUUCCUUUCAGAUGGAUUCAACGUCGCUAGGUCUGAGGAUAUUAUUUCGUUCAGGCAGCUUUGAUUCAGGAAAGGGGUCAGGUUCAGACAUAUUUUCAGGGAAGCUAGAUCUGCACCUGCAGAGAGCGCUAGACUGCUCGAUCAAAGUUUCAAUGGCGGCUUCAACAACCUCCUUCCGCACCUGCCCUCUCAACCUAUCCUCCAUCAAACCCAACACCGCCGCUAUUCUUUCUCAUUUCCCUUCUGUGAAGGUUGCUUCAUCUACCCGAAAUUAUCCCUCUCAGCCCCUAAUUUCCCAUUACACUCCUUCCCAGUUUCACGGUCUCGUCACUCCUCUCCGAUCCGCUUCCACCUCUGAUGCAUCCACUGCUUCCGCUACAUCUACCACCUUCCACGGCCUCUGCUAUGUUCUUGGAGAUAACAUCGACACUGACCAAAUCAUUCCUGCUGAAUACCUGACCCUAGUCCCUUCCAAGCAGGAGGAAUACAAAAAGCUCGGCUCAUACGCCCUAUGCGGUCUCCCAGCUUCGUACCAAACUCGAUUCAUAGAUCCUGGUGAAUACAAAUCCAAGUAUUCAAUUGUUAUUGGGGGUGAUAAUUUUGGAUGCGGGUCCUCCCGUGAACAUGCCCCUGUUGCCCUCGGCGCUGCCGGGGUUUCUGCUGUGGUUGCUGAGUCUUAUGCCCGUAUAUUCUUUCGGAACUCGGUGUCUACAGGGGAAAUAUAUCCUGUGGAAUGCGAUGUGAGGAUAUGCGAGGAGUGUAAGACUGGAGAUGUGAUAACUCUUGAGCUCGGUGAGAGUAGGUUGAUCAACCAUACUAGUGGAAAGGAAUACAAGCUGAAACCCAUUGGGGAUGCUGGCCCUGUGAUUGAUGCUGGUGGGAUUUUUGCCUACGCUAGGAAGACGGGGAUGAUCCCUACCCUUGCAUAGAAAACUCAACCAGGACUUUUGAGCGUUGUCAGCUUCCAGUUAGACUAAUGAGAGUAACUUCCAUGAUAUUCGUGUGAAGAAGUUAGCUGUUAUCCUACCCAAAGCACUUCUUGAUAUGCGUAAUAGUUGUUCCACAAAACAUUAUUGCAAGGCUAUAAUUUUCUUGCAGCAAUCGAUGAAUAUUGUCAAACUAUCAUUACAAUGUGCUAAUUUAGAUUGUGUAGUGAACAAUAAAGUGCCUUGAUUCCUAGAGCUGCAUUGUCCUAGUAUGUUGGCAAUAUGAUACGUGUUGAUGGAAGCAAAGCAGUGCGAGAAAAGAAAGGCAACAUUCUUUGUACUAUUUCCUUGUUGAAUUAGCAAUGUAAUGGUUAACUGUUUACAUUAACUGUUUACCUUAUUUGUACUAUUUCCUUGUUAUAUAGUUACUGGAUAUGUAGUUUGACAAUAGCCAAGUCAUUAAGGAUGUGAUUAUUAAGAAAAAUAGAAUUAUGUGGUU